CUCAGUCAGACGGAACAACUCAACAACAGUCUGUUCUGUGAAUGUAAUCCAAUGAUGUUCGAAUAAGAUAAAAAAAAUCUAGUGUCAUAUUUCGCUACGCUGUCCUGCCUGUUCAGAACUACACCAAACCCGGAAGCCCAAAUACAAUCGUCGCAAAGGAGGAAGAAUUAGAUCUUUUUUGCUCGCUUUUGACGAUUCGUUUGAUCGAAUUAAACAUGGGUUGUUGCUGUCCUAAGCCAGAGAUUGAAGAAAAUAAGAAGACAAUAGGCGAAACGCCUGGGAUUCCAGUCAAUGGACAAACUGAUAUGUUUGAUAUUCCACCGCUGCCAACUGACCCAUCUUUAAGCACCAUAGUACGUCCACCAAACGAUUGCAGAGUUUUUGUAGCGCUGUACGAUUAUGAGGCGAGAACGGACGAAGAUUUGUCGUUCCAGAAGGGAGACUUUUUAGAAGUCAAACCGGAGAACUGUGAGUUUGACUGGUGGAUGGCAACGUCUCGUUCGACAGGAAUAUCUGGCUAUAUUCCGAAUAACUACGUUGCUGAGGUCAAGACUCUGGAGGCAGAAGAUUGGUACUUUGGGAAGAUCAGCAGAGCGGAAACGUUGAAAUUGCUCAUCCAUAAUGAUCAUGGAUCUUUCCUCAUCCGAGAAAGUGAGAACCCACCCAAUACCUACGCUUUGUCCAUUCGCGAUACGGCAGGCUCGCCGACAACCCCCGUGAGACAUUAUAAAAUAAAGAGGCUGGAUUCCGGCGGAUAUUUCAUUUCCAAGAACCGUGAUUUUGAAAGCCUUCAGAGCUUGGUUGAGUUCUAUCUUGCAAAUCCUGAGGGUUUGUGUUGUAGACUUGGAGAACCUUGUAAAAAGAUCGAUGUGCCUCAAACUAUUGGCAUAUCUCACGACAUGGCCGACAAAUGGGAGAUUGAUAGAAACGCUUUAACCUUCAAAUCAAGGCUUGGUGCAGGUAACUUUGGUGAAGUGUGGGAGGGCCUUUGGAACAAGACAACAAAAGUUGCAAUUAAGACAUUGAAAGCAGGGACGAUGGAGCCAGAAAAUUUCUUGGAUGAGGCCGAGAUGAUGAAGAAAUUGAUUCAUCCACGUUUGGUUCAACUGUACGCAGUGUGCUCUCGAGAGGAACCAAUAUAUAUCGUGACAGAGUUGAUGGAAAAUGGUAGUCUUUUAGAUUACCUCAGGGGACCAAAGGGAAAACUUUUGAAAAUGACGAAGUUGAUAGACAUUGCGACUCAGGUUGCUCAAGGUAUGGCCUUUUUGGAAAAACACGGCUACGUCCAUCGGGAUUUGGCUGCGCGCAACGUUUUGGUCGACAAAAAUGAAAACGUAAAAGUUGCCGAUUUUGGUCUGAGUCGAUCUGUUGUGGAGGAUGAAUACGUUGCACACGACGGCGCGAAAUUUCCAAUCAAGUGGACAGCGCCCGAGGCCAUUUUGAAGAAUGCCUUUUCAACAAAAUCUGACGUCUGGUCAUUCGGUGUUUUAAUAUAUGAGCUCGUGACCUAUGGCCAAGUUCCAUACCCAGGAAUGAGCAACCACGAGGUUAUCAAAAGAAUUGGGGAAGGUUACAGAAUGCCUAAACCUAGGAAUGUUUUGGAUAAGUUGUACAAUGGCUUCAUGUUAAAAUGUUGGGCAGAGAAACCUGAAGAUCGUCUAACAUUUGAAACUCUUAGCUGGCAACUGGAUGAAUUCUUUGAUGACGAUACUCAAUAUAGAGAGGCCGACGAAGUUAAUACAAAUUAAAUUCAGGUAUCGCUCUUUAUGAUAGCAUCGUGAUAGACACGUGAUUUUAGGCAGAGUGGUUAAACCGAUGAUGGUUUUAUAGUUUUUAUGUUCGUAUAAGACACACGCUCCAUAGAACUUUAGCAUAUAUUGUUAGGGCAAAAUUUUGUAAUAAUUUAUUAGCCAUGUAGCUAUAAAAGAAAAUAGUCUCUAUCGAAAAGCAAAUAAGUUAAAAGGAACCUUUAGCCAUUUAUGUUGGGAGUAAAACGCUGCUCAAAUUUUCAACGGCAGCUUCAUCAAUUUUAAUGCUUUGAUCGAUCAAGCAGAAGUUACGACAGGGUCGAACGAAUAAGACAAAAGGGUGACAGUGACAGUCAAAGAGGGAAACUCUCAUCAACUACCACAACUAGAUCCUAUUAAAGACUUGAAGUGUUCAGAGCUGACGAAAGUUGAGAGUUGAUAAGACUUGAUAAGACUUGAUACGAAUUGAUGAGAUUUGAUGGGAGUUGAUAAGAGUUGAUAAGAGUUGACGAGAGUUGAUGACAGUUGAUGAGAGUUGAUAAGAGUUGA